AUGAGUCGAUCUACACGACCUUCCACUUAUGAAUUCACCGACUUUGACGCCCCCGAGAGCCCCGAUGUGGGAGUGAGUCUGGCGUUUCCCGAGGGCGGCCGCGAAGCCUGGACAUGUCUCUUGGGCUCGGCUUUGCUGAUGUUCCCCUCCUUUGGAUUCCAAACAGCUAUUGGAUCGGUUCAGGACUAUAUCAGUACACAUCAGCUCGCUGCGUACAGCGUUCGAGAUGUGGGUUGGAUCACCGCGGUGCUGUGCUUCUUGACCCUUUUCCUAGGCGUGCAAGUAGGGCCUGUAUUCGACCGCUAUGGACCUCGCAUGCUGUUACUCUGUGGUUCGCUUGCCAGCGUGAUAUCGUAUCUCCUCCUAGCAGAAAGUACCGAGUACUGGCACUUCAUGCUAUGCCUAAGUGUCCUGGGCGGUAUCUCCUCGGCAGUCAUCACGACGGUUGGUAUCGCUGCUCUAAGCCACUGGUUCUACCGGCGUCGCGCUCUUGCCUCUGGUAUCUGCAUGGGAGGCUCCUCAGCAGGCAGUGCAAUAAUCCCUCUCCUGCUGCGAACGCUGCUUCAAAGGUACAGCUGGACCUGGGCCAUUCGCAUCAUCGCUUUCAUAGCACUGGGUUGCUACUCUGUAGGAAUAUUGCUGGUUAAGGGCCAGUUGCCAGCAGGGAAUCCGCGCAAGGCGAUGAUUGAUUUCCGGGCAUUUCGGGAGCCACGGCUGUGUUUCCUGGCGGUGGCGGUUUUUGCCUUUGAAUUCAUUAUUUUUGGCUGUGCAGCCCUCUUGCCCACUUACGUUCGCUAUACAGGCCUGGAUCUUAACGUGCAGUUCUAUUCGCUCACUGUGCUGAAUAGUAUGAGCUUGAUAGGGAGGGUCUUACCUGGCUUCGCGGCGGAUCAAGUGGGACGUUUCAAUAUCCUGCUCUUCCUGGCCUUUAUCACUCUUCUGGUCAUGGUGGCUGUAUGGAUUCCCUUCGGAUCUCAUGACGAAGCUACUCUAUACGCGGUCGUGGCCAUCUUUGGCUUUGGAUCUGGCGGUUGGGUGUCUCUUGCGCCUGUGUGUGCGGGCCAAUUGUGUCGCACGGAGGAGUAUGGCCGAUUCUAUGGCACUAUUUACUGUGUUGCUGCGUUCGGUGUUUUAUUGACGGUGCCUGUUGGCGGCGAGCUGUUGCAGUCAACGACUCCACACACGCUCGUUGGAUUUUACGCGGCGGUCCUGUUAAUAGGCCUGAUCAGUGUCACGCUGUCGCGGUGGGCACUGUUAGAUUGGAAGUGGCAAUGGAAGGUAAAGGUUUAG